AUGACACACUUCAACGUUGAGAUUGUCAGUGACAGCGUCUGUCCUUGGUGUUAUGUAGGCAAGAAGAAGCUGGAUGCUGCCAUUUCAGCAUACAAGCAACUCCACCCGGAUACUGGAGACACCUUUUCAACAACCUGGAAGCCUUUUUACCUCAACCCUGGCGCACCAAAAACAGGUAUUGACAAGGCCGCUUAUUACAGAACAAAGUUCGGCGAGGACCGCACGGCCAUGGUCUUCGAGCGGCUGGCGCAGACAGGCAAGGAAGCAGGCAUCAAUUUCAAGUUUGGCGGCAAGACGGGGAACACGAGGGAUAGCCAUCGCUUAAUUCAGCUCGGCAAGACCAAGUCGCCAGAGAUGCAAACGAAAGUCGUUGAGCAGCUAUUCGCGGCUUACUUUGAAAACGAGGGCGACAUCACAAGUCAUGAUGUUCUGCUUAGUGCUGCUGUGAAGGCGGGAUUAGAUGAGAAGGAAGCAAAGGAUUGGCUGAAAACUGACCAGGGUGGAAAGGCCGUUGAUGAGGAGGUUGAGCAGGCAAGAUUGAAUCAAAUCUCGGGCGUACCGAAUUUUACGGUACAGGGGAAAUAUGAGGUGGGGGGUGCACAGGAUUCCGGUGUAUUUUUGAGACUUUUCGAGAAGAUUAAGGCGACGGAAGAGGGAGCAAAAGCUUGA